AUGGGCCGACAGGGCCGUCACCAGGUCGCGCACAUAGACCUCGGAGCCGCCGGUCGAGUCGGGGAAAUAGAAGCCGACGCAGUGCACGACACGCAGCCGUCGUCCCCUCGUCCCCGCCAGCGCCAGGGUGGGACGCACCGGCGGCACGAACGCCGGGUCGAGCCUGUAGAUCCAGUCUACGAUUUCCGCCGCCUCCCGUGGGUAGGCCCGGGCGAACGAGCGCACGUUGGGCCACAGGGUACGGAAGGCCGCCUGCUUGCGGCGCGACGUCAGUUCCCCGCGUUGCUCCAGCAGCCCCAGCACCUUGCGAUAGAUCGAAAUGUGCAUCCAGUAGCGCAGGUCGCGCUUGAAGCCCGCCGUGUGCUGCAACCGCUCGCCGGCAUGACGACGAUGCGUGAAGGCGGGUUCGCGGUAGAUGGCCAGCUUCGGCCGGCGCAUCGCGACUUCGAGAAUGAAAAGCCGGUCGUCGCGCAGCGCGAAGUCCUGCCGGUGCGGAAUCCCUCGGAUCAGGUCGCGGCGGAACAGGAAGGCAGAAUAGUGCGACGACCAGCCCUCGCCGAGUUGCUGGGCGAUGAAAUCGUCGCAAUCGUCCCAGGCGUUGACACGCCGUUCGCCACUCUCGUCGUCAUAGUCCUCGUAACCCGCGACGACGAGGUCGGCCCCCGUCUCCCGCGCAAGCGCGAGCUGGUCGGUGUUGGCGUCCUCGCAGAGCCAGUCGUCGGAAUCGAGGAAGCGCACAUACUCCCCCUUCGCGGCGGCGAGUGCGGUCUCGACCGCCCAGUCCUUGCCCCAGUUGUCCGUCCGGAUCGCGACGAUGUCCCGCUGGGUUUGCAGCCAGUCCCAGGUGCCGUCGGUGCUGCCGUCGUCGACGACCACGAUCUCGACGUCUGCGCCCGCCGACCGGCACGACUCCACGGCCUGCGGGAGGGCCCACAGCCGGUUGAAGGUCGGAAUUACGACGGAGAUGUCGCUCACGCCCUCACCUUAGCCGACUCCCGGUGGCAAGGGCAUCGGCGGCUUCGAGCACUCCCCCGCCUUGCCCUGCCCGGCCGCGUCCUGCCGGUGGGCGAAGAAGACGGUGAGGUCGCAUCGCCGCGCGAGUUCGCGGAAGAUCGGCGCGUAGUACUGGAUCGGAUGGCUGACCAGGAAGCCGAUUCGCCGCUUCAUGCGCGCGAACCUGCCGUGCAGGCGCGAUCCAGCGCCUCGGCGAAGAGGCGCGUCGACUCGCGUGCCGAAUAG